ACAAACGUCUUGUUUUGGUACAAAAUGUGUUAAAAUAGUGUUAAAUUUGUUAUAAAAUUGUUUUAAAAGUUUAUGUUGUUGCAAAAUGAAUGAGUGUGUUGAAUUUCUUAGUCCUACAUUGCCAUGUAGAGAAAAUUUGAUUAAAACUUUGUACAACUAUAUAGGUUAUAAAGACGAAGUAUUCCCACAAUGUCUUUUCAUACUAGGACACAAAGGCACUGGCAAAUCCAAAACAAUCACAGCCCUACUCAAAUAUCUAAAACACAACUUUGUGAUUGUAAAUUGCAUCGAAUGCUAUUCCUUAAAAAUAAUGCUGGAGAGCAUUUUGAAUACACUAUCCGGUCACAAUUUGACACCAGAAAACAACUACACCUCCUUUGCAAAAUGUGACUGCAUAUCCGACUUUAUUCCACAAAUGCAAAAAAUAUCAAAACUGACACAUGUUAAAGAUUUUGUUAUUGUAUUUGAAAAUGCUGAGAGGCUGCGAGACAUGGAACAUAAUAUUUUGCCAGCUUUUAUGAGGCUGAAAGAGUUGACAAAGUUGAAUGUUUGUACUGUUUUGGUUAGUGAUAUUAUGUUUGAGAAAUUUCACAAUAAAACUGGUUUGCCUGAACCGAUAGUUGUACAUGUGCCUCAGUACAAUCAAGAAGAAUUACUAAAAAUUAUGACUUUGGAUUAUGAUUAUAAUAAAAUGCUUUUGGUACAAAAGUAUUCCAACUCGGACAUCAUAAAUGACUUGGGUGAGAUUAUAAUUGUAUAUAUAUAUAAGGAUUUUUAUGGAAGUUAUCUUAAUGCCUUUCUGUGUGUGUUUUAUCGUGCCUGCAGAGAUUUACCAGAAUUGCAAUAUAUGGCUAGAGUUUGUUAUAUCGAAUAUUGCAGACCUGUUAUAAAUUCAAGUAUAAAUUAUAAGGAAACAACAAAACUUUGGAGACACGUUGCACCUAUUUUAAAAACUGCUUUGGGAACUUUAUAUCAGCGGAUAGGACUCCAAAAUAUUUUGUAUAAUAAUGAUAUCUCAAUCACCAAACACAUUGGUGACAAUUCUGCCAUCAAUAUGAAGCAAAGUAUAGAAUUGCCUUAUUACGCAAAAUAUUUGCUAAUAGCAGCCUAUUUGGCAAGUUACAAUGCUGCUAAAGAAGACAAAAGGCUUUUUAUGCAACAUCAUGGCAAGAGAAAGAAACGGGUUCAGGAUCUCAAAAAUAAAGCAAAGGUGACAGAAAAGCUGAGUACACAAAUUGGUCCAAAAACUUUCACACAAGACAGAUUGCUUGCUAUAUUUUAUGCAAUACUCGACGAAAAAAUUGGUCUGACUUGCAAUCUCUUAGCACAGAUUUCUAGUUUGGUUCAGUUGCAAAUGCUGGUUUGUAUCGGUGGAGAGGCGUCUAUUGAUUCCGCUCAUUACCAAUGUGCUGUAGGAUUAGACUUUAUGCAAGUCGUGGCUAAAUCUGUUGGUUUCAAUAUAAGGAAAUAUUUAUAUGAUUUUAUAUAA